AUGCAGCAACAACAGACUAGCAGCCGCAGACCACCGCCAGCAGCCGCAGACCACCGCCAGCAGCCGCAGACCACCGCCAGCAGCCGCAGACCACCGCCAGCAGCCGCAGACCACCGCCAGCAGCCGCAGACCACCGCCAGCAGCCGCAGACCACCGCCAGCAGCAGCAGACCACCGCCAGCAGCAGCAGACCACCGCCAGCAGCCGCAGACCACCGCCAGCAGCCGCAGACCACCGCCAGCAGCCGCAGACCACCGCCAGCAGCCGCAGACCACCGCCAGCAGCCGCAGACCACCGCCAGCAGCCGCAGACCACCGCCAGCAGCAGCAGACCACCGCCAGCAGCCGCAGACCACCGCCAGCAGCAGUAG